AUGUCACGUCUAUCGAUACAACGAAAAUCAGAUGUAAAACCUUUCGUAAGUAUGAAAGAACCAUCGAAAGGAUCGAAAAUUGAAUUUCGAUGGUCUACUGUGGCAUCACAAUCGAAUAUUAUGCGAGAGAAGAGUUCGUUAUCGAACUUUCAGAAUAAUAAACAAAAGAAAUCUUUCAAUUCUUCUAUUUCAUGUUCAACCGUUCAUAAUUCAAUAACAAAUCGAUUACCAUGUUCAACAACAAAUCUUUCGUCUUCAUCGACUCAUUUACCAAUAAUAAAUAAUAUGAAUAAGAAAAACGAAUUAUCUAUAUCAACUAAUUCCAAUAAUAAUAAACAGAAAUGUCCAUUAUUACUGACUUAUUCGCAAUUAUAUCGUGCUCAACCUCUUUCUCAAAUGAAAAAAACACCUCAAGCAAAGUUUUCUAUUUAUUCAUUAUUAAAUAAUAAACAUAUUACUAAAACGACUGUAAAUGAAAAUAGUUUAUCUUCAUCAUCAUCAUCCGAUCAACAACAAUUAACAACUGAUCGUUAUAUAAGAUUACGUACACCACAAUUACGACGUUUACAUGUUUCAGACAAAUAUAUGAAAGAAGCCAAAAAACUCUAUUUUAAUGUUAAUUGUAAAGUAUUUGUACCAUAUUCUUCAAUAGUUGAAGUUUCUUAA